UCUCUCUCUCCUAUUUUGGCUCGGCUUCUCUCUCCUCUUUUUAGCUCGGCUUCUCUCUCUUUCUCCUGCGGCUGGCGGCUCUGUCCGAAAAGCGACACCUCUGCAGCUCCGAAACCAACGGUUUCUCAGCUUCACUGCUCUCUCUCUCUCUCUCCCCCCUCCUCCGCCUUCACUCUCUUUCUCUUUCAUCGUCUCUCUGGUUUUUCCCUGUCAAUGGCGGCUUUUGUUGCUGAAAACCCCUAAUUUCUGAAACCCUGGAUUUUCAGGGUACAGCAGAGGCCAUGCUCUUUGAGGCUGGAAGCAUUAGCGAUGGAUUUGGAAAGCCGAAGGAUGGCAAAUCGAAUAGUUCUUUAAAAAGAAUCAAUGCAGAGAUGGAUGCGAAACCAAUGAUGGAUAUAGCACUCUUACCAAGCAUUGACGCAAUUGAUAUUGGGUUGGGCUCUUCUGAAAAGGGCAAUGUUGGUCCUGCUGGCAAACCCAAAAAGAAAUCGAUGACGUCAUUUUAUCUCAAGUUCUUUGAGACAGCACCAGAUGGAAAGAGUCGAAGAUGCAAAUUCUGCAAGCAAAAUUAUUCUAUUGCUACUGCCACUGGCAAUUUGGGAAGGCAUCUCAGUCAUCGUCAUCCUGGAUAUGAUCGGCAGGGUGAUUUUGUCCCACAGGCUCCUCAGGCCAUACCUUUCAAUAAGAAGCCUUCUCAGCCUAAUGUGAAAUCUACUAACUCUGUAGAUAAUGACCAUUUGAGCUGGUUGCUUCUCAAGUGGGUUAUCAAUGGUCCACUUCCUUUCUCCACCUUUGAGGAUGAAGGCCUCGCAGACUCCUUCAAGUUCAUCAAUUCCUCUACACGGUUCUGGUCCAAGGCAAGGGCACACUCUGUUCUUCUUGAGGUCUUCAGAAGCAUGCGAGAGGAUGUUAAGGCUGCUCUAGACCAUGUCAAUUGUAAGGUCUCGAUCACAUUGGACUAUUGGACUAAUUAUGAGCAAGUUCCCUACAUGAGCAUCACCGGUCAUUGGAUUGAUGAGAACUGGUCUCUCCGAAAGGUUCUCCUUGACAUUACUCAUAUACCCUACCCUCACGGUGGUACUGAGAUAUAUCACUCCAUGUUGAAGGUCCUAGAAUCCUAUAAUAUUAGCGGCAGGGUCCUGGCUUGCACCCAUGAUAACAACCAGAAUGUUAUCAUCGCAUGCCGAAUGCUCAAGGAUUACCUUGAUGGUAUGAAGGAGCCUUUCACAUAUAUCCAGUGUGCUGCUCAAACUUUGAAUCUGAUCAUGGAGGAUGGACUUAGGUAUGUGAAGCCAGCCAUUGCAAAGAUUCGGGAAUGUGUUCUUGAGAUGAACACAUCUGUUGAGAUUGCUCAAGAUUUCAGGGAGAUGGCCUCUGCAUGCCAGGAAGGAUCAUGGAAUUUUCCGCUUGAUGUCUCCACACGGCCAAGUGGCCAUUACACCAUGCUUGAUGUUGCCACCAAGGCCAAUACGGCAAUGGAUGCAGUAAUCAUGAAGCAUGAGAAGAUGUUGGGGCGUAACAGGAUGACGACCAUGGAGAAGAAUGCAGUGGAGAAGACGCGAAGGUACCUCGACUCCUUCUUCAAGACCACCAACAACCUUUGUGGGAGCGAGCUCCCAACCAUUGGGCUCGUCUUCUUUUUCAUGGACCACAUAAUGGAGAUGAUCAAGUCAUGUCGAGAGUCCCGCUAUGAUCCGGAUUGGCUGAAGGGCGCGGCCGUCGACAUGGCCAACAAGGCCUUGAUAUACAGCAACCAAGUCUACAACCUAUACACCUUCAUCUCUGCCAUACUUGACCCCCGAAUCAAGAAAGAAUUUGUCCCUGUUGACCUCAACACUGACCUCAAUCAAGAGGCGGCAAGAAAUCAUUUCAUGAUGAACUAUGCGUCCGGUCAUUUCUCUUCAAUCCCAAAUGGGUACACUAACCCUCAAGACAGGGACGGAGGGGUCCAGAACGUGUCAUUUGCUGAGGAGAUUGCACGCAAGAGACGUCGAGUAAGCAUGAACAAUGCCACCGAUGAGCUCACCCAAUAUUUGUCGGAGCCGCCGGCUCCACUUUCGAACACCGAUGUUUUGGAUUGGUGGAGGGGGAAUAGUGCUCGGUUCCCAAAGCUCUCGGCCAUGGCCCGUGAUUACCUGGCAGUUCAGUCGACUGCUGUUCCACCUGACUUGGUGUUCUCGGCUGCAGGGGAUGCGGUCGAGAAGCAGAGGACCUCUUUAUCGCAUGAUAGUGUUCAGGCCGUCAUGUGCAUUCGGUCAUGGGUCCAGAAUGGUUUCAAGUUUAAGUUCAGGUCUAAUGAGAUAGACUAUGAGAAGCUUGUGGAACCGGUUGUUCAGGAUGCUCCGCUUUUUGACCGGAAGACAAAGUGAGAGAAACCCAUGGUGGCUGAAGCCAGAGAAACGGAUGCUGAGGUUGAUUUGACAGGACACCUUCAGUGGUAUGUGAAAGCAUGUAAUAUGUAAUGGUCCGGUUGAUGGACGGUGAAGCGUCGAGAUGAGAGGUGGGAGGGAGGGCUGGAGAGCCGCCCCUAUUGUUUGUAGGAGAAAUCAAUUUGGCCCUGGUGUGUCCCCUGUUAUUUAGUUUAUUUAAGAGUGAGGCUCACGUGUCUUUUUACUGGUAUGGAUUCAAUUAGUUUUGAUGAGUAGUAAAGUAGGCCAUGUUCAUUUGGUUUGUGCAAAGAUACAUGUCUUCCUAUAUAUUCAUCAGUCUGCCUAUUGGUUCUAACAAAUUAGUGGAGAUUGCUUGGUCUAGUUGUGUGAAUUAUUUCUAGGGGUUGUUCAAACCAAUUACUGUACAUUGCUUGGUCUAGUUCAUGUCUUGGUAUUUAUUUUUUCAUUUUCAUUGUAAACUGCACAUCCUUUGGUUGUGGCUGCUGGUUAAGCCAGUUGCAAAGUUAUAUCAUUAUCCAUUUAUUUCCAA